GGACCUUUUAAAUGGCCGCUGAUUACUGGUCUUCAACUCAGCAUCAAUCCUGGCUGUUUGGGCGUGAAGAGUUGGCCGAGGCGAGAAAGGUCCUUGGAGAUGCCGAACGACCCUUUAUCCAGCAAUAUCCCCUUCCCGACCUCAGGCUUUUCAAUAUUUACGUAAAUCAACAAUUAAUCAAGCUAGCGAAACGUCUCAACGUGCGGCAGCAAGCGCUAGCCACGGCUCAGGUUUACGUGAAGAGGUUUUACACCAAGGUCGAGAUCCGCCGGACGAAUCCAUAUCUGGUGCUUACGACCGCAUUCUAUCUCGCCUGUAAAAUAGAAGAAUGCCCGCAGCAUAUCAGGCUUGUUUUAGGAGAAGCCAGAGGAUUAUGGCCAGAGUUCAUCGCUCCUGACAGCGCGAAGAUCGGAGAAUGCGAAUUUUGGCUCAUAUCCGAGAUGAACUCGCAAUUAAUAGUGCAUCACCCGUACCGGACCCUCUCCGAAUUGCAGAGCUACCUAUCACUAACAUCGGAUGAAAUCGCCUUGGCCUGGUCAGUAAUAAACGAUCAUUAUCUCACCGACCUGCUACUCCUUCAUCCUCCGCACGUCAUCUCCGUGAUGGCCAUUUUUAUUGCGGUCGUAUUCAAGCCAAACCAGCAUCAGGUUGUGUCCAUUUCAGGUGGUUCUUCGGCGACAGGAGCUCUGAGGGACGGGAGUACAAACAUUCUUUCUGCCUUUAAUGAUAAGACGGGAGCUGGCAUGCCAGCAAAGGUCCAGAGAAUUGUCGAUUGGUUGGCAAAUAGCGACAUCAAUAUCGAAGCGGUCAUUGAAUGCACGCAGGAUAUUGUUUCUCUUUACGAAGUAUGGGAGCAAUAUAGCGAGAAAGUCUGCAAGGAGCAGAUUGGGAGAUAUGUAAAGAGCAGAGGAUUAGAUAAAUGAGAGCUUCUGUUGGUCUCCUCCGCAGCCUGCCCUUCCUUGACAAAGCUGUCCAGUUCGCCAACUGUGUGUUGUCCGCGAGCGGUAGUUACACAGCCUGAUGGCUAGACCACAGUUCAUUCCUGCAGCCUCGUACAGCUUUGUUGAGAAUUAGCAAAUGGUCUGGUCAAUAAUUUGCAGGAGAUGAAGUUGAAGUCAUGUCCGGUCAUCCAUAGCAUAAGGGAAUUCUUUCAUCGGCCAGAUACUUUCCCCCAUACUAUCCACUGCAAACACUGCGGAGUAACCAGACGUUGGAAUCGUUGUGAAUCGAAGUCGAGUUAAUCAAGCUUGAAACAGAACCAGUCAAUUCAAGUUGAGGUGUGCUGCUGUCCUGCCUGCCUGGGGGAUUUGCAGCCACUCCCU